AUGGCGGCGGGCAGCUCGGGCACCAGCAUGGGCUGGCGAGGCUCCCCUGGAUGGCCCUCAGAUCGCUCACAGCAUUGUCCCAGGGCUUCCUCGGCCUGUGCCAGCGCAGCAUUCACCAUCCCCUCCCUGAAACAGAGGUCCCCGAAGUGCUCCACAGGCAGGGCCGAGCUGGGCAAGGGGGAGCCCAGCCCCUGCACGGGCCGCCCUGAGCGGCGGAGACGCAGGAAGAGCUCGCCGGCUCCACCAGCCCCUACCCCAGAUGCGGGACCUCAGACCAGCGAGGACCUGGAGCCCCCGCCCCACGGUUGCCAGGAGGCGGACAGGGGCAGCUCCUGGGGGGCUACCGCCCCGAGGCCAUUCCGCCAGAACUUGAGCGACCUGGGAAGGCGCAGUGCCCUGCCCUUGAAGAGGAACCUGUGUCCUGGAGGCAGCAGCCUGGGAGCUCCUCCUCCGAGGACACGGCAGAGGCGAGUGACUCUGGCGGCGCAGGGCUGGCUUUCCCGUCCACGGAGGAGAGCUGUGGGGCUGGGUGAGCUGGACCAGGAAGCACGGCUGGCUGCUCUCGGCCUCCGAUGGGGAGUGGACAGCUUAGGGGGUUGCCGCCGUGCCAGCCGGCCUGCUGGCCACUCUGGGCUUCAUCACAGCCUCACCUGCCUGCGCAGGCACCUAGCACUGCAGGCUGGAGCUUCUGGCCAUGCUGGUCAACUUCCCCAACGAGCCUCUGCUGCCUGGGAACAGCAAGGCCAGAGCUACACCACCCUGCACUUGGCAGCCAUGUACCUUGGAGAUGGUGAAGCUGCUAGUGGGGACAUAGGACGCCGAUGUGGAUAUCAGGGACUACAUUGGGAAAAGGGCCUCCCAGCAUGUGAGUCAGAGCAUCACAGAAGAGAUUGAGACCCUGAUGGGAGUCCUGGACAAGGACGAUGGGGAGAGCACCGCCAGCAGCGGGGGUGGGUACUGGAAGAUUUAAAAGCUGCCCCCUCCAUCUCACCACCUA